GGUGUUUGUGUCAAAGUAACAUUAGCGUGUUGAUAAGUUAAAAUGUUAUCACGGACUCAAGUGUAUAGUUGACUAGGUUUUCUAUAGGAUACAAUGUCCUACAUCAUUUGAACAAAUCUCAAUAGUAGUAUAAACACUCCUGUAUUCAUAAUUAACUGUUAUUUCAUUAAGUAAAAUUAGGCUAGGCCUAUUUACACAUACAUACUAAUUGAAAACUGAUAGUAACUUAAGACCUCAUUUAAGAAUCUGGUAAAUAUGGUUCUGAAAAUUCUCAAGACCAGAAUUUUAGUUGCAGUUUUAUUCUUUUUGAGCCUUUGGCUAACUUACCAAUAUAUGGAGAGCAAGUUCUUGCAACCAUAUUCCCAUAAGGAAAAACCAAUACAGUUAGGCGAUGGAAGAAAGGUGACUGUAACAGUAUUCUACGAAUGUUUAUGUCCAGACUCUAAGAGCUUUAUUCUCAACCACUUACUGCCCUCCUUUGAGAAAGCUCAUAAUUUGCUCGAGCUAGAACUAAUACCAUAUGGAAAAGCAGAGACACAUUCUACGGGCGAUGGAUAUGAGUUUGAGUGUCAGCACGGACCGGCCGAGUGUUAUGGCAACAAGCUGCAUUCCUGUAUCAUCAGCAGAGUGCCUGAUGAAAUGCUACAACUGCGGAUGGUCUCUUGUCUUAUGGAGGAUCAUAGCGACGUUGACUCUGGUGGGCCUGCGUGUGCUAAGAAGCUAGGAGUUGAUUGGGCCGGGAUCUCGACGUGCGCCAAGACCACAGAGGGCAGCAAUCUGCUCAAGAUCCACGGAGACUCGACGCACGCGCUGAGUCCUCCUAUAUCAUUUGUACCUACUAUACUGCUGAACCAUAAUCGAGACGGACAGCCAGCUAUUCUUAAAAAUCUGUGGAAGGAAAUUUGUAAAUAUUUUGACAAGGACGUCCCAGAAUGCCACUGAGCUAGAUGCACACAGAGCACAGAGAAAAAGACUGGACAGCACCGAGUGAUUGAGCCUAAAGAUAUUCUUCCGUAGAAUUAGUUUCAUAUUUUUUUUACCUUGUUCGAUGUCGUUUUCACGGUUUUAUUGCUGUGGCUGCUCAACGUAACAUUGAAAAGUGCUAGAAGUAAUAGGGGAUUUGAACAAAUAUUUAGUUGGGCUGGUUUUCGAUUGAUUGAAAACUGUCAAACAUAUCUGAACAAAAAAAAGGAACAUGUGAGAACUCUACCUGAAAAUAUAGGCAACUUGUGCAUAUUUUAAGCCAAGUAACAGUGUUAAAUGAGCGAGUUAUGAUUCUUUGUGUACCAAUAGAGAUGGGGACGCCACUUAGGUGAGUAUUUUAACCCAAAUAUGAGUGAGGGAUGAGUGUAGAAUGAAUUGAGUUGCCUUUUAUAGCUUUGUUAGUGACUAAGAUCAGCUGUUUCAUUAGCAAGGACCAUUUCAUUAAGAUUCAGUCAGUAGUAGGAGGUUGGAUGUAAUUGUAAGUAUGUAUCUAUACAAGUAUAUUUGUAAAUAUUGGGAGGGACGUAUUUAUAUUUGUAAGUCUAUAGUUAAACGUAAGUAACACAGCUAUAAUUUUUGUAUUUAGUUACAACAAUUUUAACGGUUUUUUGUAUCAUUGUUAUCUGUUUUACUGGAUUUUAAUUUUAAAUAUUGAAAUGUAUACACUUUUAAAAUUUAAAUGCAUUUAAGAUUUAAGGUGAAAUAUGAAUUUGACAGUUAACGAUGAAGACUGUUGAUCUCGUAGUUGAUAUGUCUUUAAAAUAUAUUUAAAUCUAUAAAUAGAUUUUUAAAGUUUGUAGAAUGAAAGUAAAAUUGUGUUAUUUGUAAUUUUUAUAGAAAAUGUUUUUUUUACUUAAAAUGUUUUACAAUACCUGCAUAUAGUAAUCCUUUGUUGCUGAUUUUGGCAACUAGUUUC